AUGCGAUUUGGAAGAGCGAAAUGUUGCCGGCUUCUCUUUUUAGCUGGACUUACUUCGUUAUUUAUAAUUUUUACUAAUCACUAUAAAGAAUCUCAUUUCACUUAUGCUAAAGCAAUUGAACCUAGACCGGAACCCAGAGUAGAAGAAACAAAUAUUGAUGAUGAUCCCAGAGUCAACUUAGACAAUCAAAUUGGUAAUCUAAAACCUUUGCCAAUUGUGUCGAAUGAGGCUGAUGAUGGGAUAGAUAUUGCCCGAGUUGAUGGUUUUCUGGAAUCACAAUCUUUAAAAAUUAAUAGAAAGCCUCCUGUGUUGACUAAUGAAAUUGUUAAUGGACAGAAAUAUCCUGUGUUAAAUACGAAUGGAAACUUUAUUCCUCAACGUAGAGUAAUUCAUUUAGAUUUGAAAGGAGCUCCCUACAAACCUGAGUUUUUCACAGAGUUGUUCUAUUUUUUUAAACGAAUUCAUGCAACUGGGAUUCUUAUCGAAUGGGAAGAUAUGUUUCCCUAUACGGGUGUGCUUGCUGAGGCUGUUAAUGGAAACGCUUAUUCAAUGGAAGAUAUUGAAAGUAUCCUUCAAGAAGCUCGGCGACAUCGUUUAGAUAUCAUUCCAUUAGUUCAAACGUUUGGGCAUUUGGAAUGGAUUCUUAAGCUUGAACCGUUCCAACAUCUUCGAGAGGAUGUUCGCUUUCCUCAGGUGAUAUGUUUUCCAUUAUCAGAAUCAUGGAAACUGAUAACGGAAAUGAUUGAUCAAGUGGCUUCUGUACACAAGAAGUAUGGUAUGCCGUACUUCCAUAUGGGUGCUGAUGAAGUGUUUCAAAUCGGAGUUUGCAAUGCAAGCGUGAAGGAGUUGGGAAAACAAGGUUCAAGAGAUCGCCUGGCGUUAUGGCAUAUAAGUAGAACCGCUUCUCACAUUAAAGAAACUCACAAUACCACAGUCCUUGCAUGGCAUGAUAUGUUUGCUCAAGCUUUUGAAGCGGAUAUAAUGCGCUAUAACCUUACAAACUUGCUUGAGCCUGUCCUCUGGAGUUAUGCCGAAGAUCUAGACAUGUAUUUGCCUUAUAGCACUUGGAACUCUUUGAAGCCAUUCAACAAGGUAUGGGGAAGUUCUGCUUGGAAGGGUGCCGAUGGCCCUGCCAGAUAUAACUCUAAUCCUAUUCAUUAUAUAAAAAAUCAUCAAUCUUGGACAACACAGUUCACUCGAGUGUACAAAGAAUUUAGUUCCAUACAAGGAUUAAUCAUGACCGGAUGGUCUCGUUAUGAUCAUUUGGCCGUUUUGGCCGAGUUGUUGCCUGUAGCCUUGCCUACGCUAUCCAUGUCAAUGGAGACUAUUAUGGAAGCUCGUGUCUUGAAUCAAUACCCUUUAACUUAUGAGAAUAUGAAUUGCCGUCCAGCAGUAGAGAUGGGAGUCACGAGGGGAUGUCAGUUUCCAGGAAAAAAUAUUUAUGAGAUAGUCAACGAGUAUUAUCGGUUUCAUAAUGACUUGAAAAGGUAUCAAGAUGAUUAUGAGUUGAAUGGAUGGUUGAGUAGAGUGGCUGAUAGCCAACUAGUCUCUAGUCGAUGGUAUAUAGAUAAAAUCCAGCCUAUGAUCGAAGAUAAACUCGAAAGGAUAAAAGAAUUAGCUUCUCGGUUAAGGUUUGAAAUGGAGAAAAUCUAUUUUUCUGAUACUAUUGAUGAGUUUAUUUAUACGUAUAUGGGAGAUGACCUGGAAUGGCUGAAGAAGAAAACAGAAACAAUUGAAAAAAUGUUAAAAGCCAAAUAUUUCCCUAAAAGACCGUUGAAGUUGGAUGCGAUCUAA